AAUAAGAAGAAAGAAGAGGAUAAGGAGAAGGCUAAAGAGAAAAUCCCUGCUAAGAUUAUGAAGUCGGAUGAUAAGGACAGCAAAGUUACUCUUUCCGGGCUUUUGAAUUUCAUAGAUGGGUUAUGGUCUGCUAGCGGCGGGGAGAGAAUCAUCAUUUUCACGACCAAUUAUGUGGAGAAGCUGGAUCCUGCUCUGGUUCGGAGGGGGAGAAUGGACAAGCAUGUUGAAUUGUCCUAUUGUGGGUUCGAGGCGUUUAAGAUUCUUGCAAAGAAUUACAUGGACCUUGAUUCGCACAGUCUGUUUCCAACUAUUGAGGAAAAACUGAAACAAGUUAAUAUGACUCCGGCAGACGUGGCUGAAAAUCUGAUGCCGAAAUCUGAAGAGGACGAUGCGUAUAGUUGUUUGGAGGGUCUGGUUAAUGCGCUGGAUAAAGCCAAAGAAGACGCAAUUAAGUUGAAAGCAGAGAAGGAGGCCAAACAGAAGAAAAAGGAAGAAGAAGCAGAAGAGGUGAAGAAGGAUGGAGAGAAUACUAUUGCUAUAGGAGAAGAAGAAGUUAAACAACAUGGAUUAGCAUCUCAUGAUUAACCAUUCCCGAGGUUGGUUCGGUUCGGUGAAAAGAAUCGACCACAACGUAAAAGACUAAAAUAUCACGGAUUUUGAUAUCGUUUGAAUAUAAUUCAUCUGCCGGAUUAUAGUAAAAUAUAUAAAAUAAAUGCAUACAUAUUUCAGUUUUAAAUGCUCUAGUUCGGCCCAUAGUUUAGGGCCUAAACCAUUGUAAGUUGUUGUUUCUGUUGUAAUUAUUAUUGGGCUUAUAAUGUUUAAGUUAUGCAAAU